UUCACCACAAUGACGUACCUGAUCCCGCGUUUGCUUUCAUUGUAUGCUUUUCUUUCAUGUGUAUCGUUCAGUCAUUUGGAAAAUCCCUUCAUUUCGGUCAAUACUAUUGCCAUUGAUGAGUAAGUCUUUUGAAAAAUGUUAAGAAGGAGAUUUAUUUUGUAUUUUAUGCUUGGAUUUAUUGAGGCAUACCUAAAAAAAGCCAACGGACGUCUGUGAUAGGUCUACAGAGGUCAAUUAAGGUGUCGUUCACUUGUUCUUGAAUGGGUACAUGAAAGACUUGCUGUUGGAAUCUCGGAGAGUAGUAGUGGGUGUCCCAAACCAAGGUUGAUUUCUAUUUUAAAGAUGGGUUCGGAUGUGUCGACGGAGGCAGAACCUUCGAAUAAAACAUUCACAGGAAAAAGAGGUUCAAGCAAAAGGUCUUCACAUCGAGUUCUUGUCGAGGAAAAUAGUUUAAGAUUCAAAAGAAGAUUAACUGUCUUAGAGAAAAAACACGAUGCAUCAACUACAACCAGUCAGCCAACAAAGUCCGCCAACGGCCUUCACCCUGGUGCCUUAACAAGUAUUUCUGAAGACGAUGAUAUCUAUUUCCCCUAUGAAAACCUCGUGCUGGAAGGCGGCGGAAGCCAGGGAAAUGCAUACAUUGGCGCCAUCAUGGAAAUGGAACGACUCAAUGUCUUGUGCAAGAUACGCCGAUUCGCCGGUUCCAGCGUAGGAUCCGUGACAGCAUGUUACCUUGCCAUAGGCCAUGGGUCCAGCAAAUUUCUAUCCGUUGUGAACGACGGACCUCAGUUUGCAGAUCUCUUAGACGCAAGUUGUGGAAAAUUAAGCCUGGUGCCAAACCUAUAUAGGUACAUGGGAUGGCAUCCUGGGAGGUUUUUCUACACGGCGCUUGGUGAGGCCAUUGCUGAAAAGUUAGGAGACGAAAACGCCACUUUCAAGGACCUUUACGAUCAGAAUGGGAAAGAAUUAUGUGUAGUGGUGACCAAUCUAAGUACAAUGAUGGAGGAGUACUGCCACGUCAAGACUACUCCGAACAUGCCAAUUAGAACAGCAGUGAGGAUGUCAAUAUCUGCUCCAUUUGUAUUCGUUCCUGUUAAGCGACAACAUAUGGGCCGGACUGAUCUCUACAUCGACGGUGGUGUUUUGUGUAACUAUCCAGUUCAUUGUUUUGAUGGAUGGUGGCUUUCUAUGAAACCUGAAGACUCUCUCUUGAAGAGAAUGCAACCCCUGGAGGAUGCAGCCAAGCUUCUCACCAAGAAAGAGAGAUUUGGGAUGUUCAACGACAAGACAUUUGGCAUGAUCAUAUACAGUGAUUAUGAUACCCACGUACUUGCGACCAAUCCCGACCUAGAAGCACCAAUAGCACCUAUACCAGACACAAAACUUGCCAGAGCACACCAAAAAGUGAAAAUGAAGAGAGAAUUGAAUUGUAAACAGCAUCGUCUCGUGACAGACGCAAUGACGAGGUUUCUCAAAGUUCUGGAUCAGAACUGUUUGGGAGGAACCACAAUUAAAAAGAAUGAAUUCAUGAAAGCCUUCAAUGAUAAUGAAGAGUUCACAUCUGACCACGCCCGGGUUCUCUUCGGCGAAGACCUGACUGUUGAGGAAAUAUUUGCCAGUAUUGAUGCCAAUUCUGAUGGGGAGAUCGAUUUCAACGAGCUGAUGUCUUUAGCUGAGCAGGAAGGCGUAGGAAUCCAAACCCAUCACAUUGGAACAGGACAUCAUGAGAUCAAGAACACGACUGAGUAUCUCGCUGGUAUCUUCAAUAUGCUUCUCAUGAAUGUAAAAAGAGCUUUCCUAGAGGGCCAUGAUAUUGAAAGAACAGUCCUUAUCAAUACCGUGUAUGUCAAAUCCUUAGACUUCAGACCAGCGAAGGAAGACCUGGAUUUCUUAGUAGAGCAAGGGCGUCGUGGACUCCAGACAUUCCUCAAGUAUCAGAAGAACAAAGGAACAAGAUUGUGAGGGAAACAUCCUGAAAUAUUCAUCAUGAAGUAUUAAAUUGUCCAGGGUGUCCAAAAAAUCCUGAAAAGUCUGACGUCGUGGACUGCAGACGUUUCCUCGUGUAUCAAAAGAAUAAAGCUACUAGGGAAAACUUUACCAAGGAAUCACCAUGAACUCCCAAAGUUUAAAAAGCAGGAGAAGAGGACGAGAAUAAUAAUGAGAAAUAGGAAGAGGAAGAGAAGGCAGAAAUGAAGGAAAUAGAUAGAGAGCUGACGUUAUUUGCCAAAAGUAUUAUUAGAGCCGAUUUUUCCCUCUUGUCUGCUAUUGGAGUCCUCGACUAUCGUACUAUUUUCAGAAUUAUGUAAUGUUCCUCCAAUCACGUCAGAACUUUGUUUUUACUACCUCAUUGGAAGUGAAUAUUUUUUUUUUUGGGGGGGCGGGGGUGUCAAUCCAUACUGAAACAAUAUCUUCAUUAAAUCUGGCGUCUACUGUGAAUAACAUGGAAAAUGUUGAUACUUUGUAAUUUUGUUUCCAGAUCAUAAGUACAGAAUUUAAUUAAUGGUUUGAGACUGGGACUUAAGAUUCACAAUAUUAACAAGAUAUGACUUCCAGACAAAUUUUUUACUUUAUUUCUUAAGAUUGCAUAAUUGUAGUUAAUAUAAUUAUAUAUAAUUAUUUGCGCUUACUAGUAUUAUUGUAUAUCACGUACAUGUAAAACGAUAUUUUACACAUGUAUCAUAGUAUUCGCCAAAUUCUGAAUCUGAAAUAUCGUAAGAGAAUUCCUAUAUUACCAUGCAUACUAAUAAAAGAAUUUCAAAACCAUAACAAUUUCAGUAUUUCUAAAUGACCGUCUCAUGGAUAAUUAUGGGCUCUUAAUAGCAAUGUGUUUUUUAAAAGGUAAUUUUACCACUUUUUAUAUCAGUAUAUGUCUAUGUUUGCUUGUCAUUGACAUGUUUUUAUGCAUCCACUGAGGCUUUUCUAUUUUAAACCUGUAUAUUUCGACAAAAUAAUAUGUAUUCGCAACAUUUAUAGUUAUUUCAUUUUUAUGUCAUGGCCGUGUAAGCACAUCUCUCAAUCAGUUUUGAAUAUUGCUGUAUUAGUCUGACAUCACAAAUCUUUCGGGUUUUUUUUUUUUUGCCUUUCGGAGGAUUUUCAUAGAAUUAGUAAUUUUGACUUUUGCAAAUGCUCAUUGGUUGUCUAAUUGUACUCCAACUUUUAUGGUUUUUAUUCAAACAAGUUCAAUUGUUCCAAGGGUUUCAUUCUUCUUGAAUACAUUGCUUACCUUAAUCCGCGUCCUGCAGGGCCAUGGGAAGGGGUGCAGCGAUGCUGAAGCACCCUCUCCCUCAUCACUUUAAUUUUGGAGUGAAAACAUUUACCUUCACAUUUUUGACAACAAAAUUGCCUUUUUAUUCGGAAGUGAAGAGCGCCCUCUCAUAGAAGAUCGUCCAUGUCUCUGAUCCACUGUUAACAGUGCAAUAUGCUGAGAGAACAUAAAUUCCUGCAUGGUUAAUAAUGCGAGAAAAAGUCCCAACAGCUUCUAAUUGAUAUGUUUUUGUUGUUGUUUUUUUUUUCUGAGAGAGAGAGAGAGAGAGUUAAAAGUGGAUUCUAAUUUACGAAACACAUUCUUGUCAACUUUCAUCAAUAAAUGAUAUAUUAUGUAAGACAAAAUGAUAA